GAGCAAGAAGAGGAGAGAUGACGGAGAUUGAGAAGGAAGAAGAUGCAGAAGCGGAAGUGGAGAUAUGGAGGUACGUAUUUGGUUUUGUGGAAACGGGAGUGGUGAAGUGCGCUAUCGAACUGGGCAUAGCGGAUGCUAUGGAGGCUCAUGGUGAAGAACCCAUGACGCUCUCUCAGCUAUCUGCCACUCUUGGCUGUCCGCCAUCUCCACUCUACCGCAUACUACGCUUCUUAGUACAUCGUAGAGUCUUCAAAGAGAAACCCAUUACCAACAUUAGAAGCCAGGAGAACCAGAAGGACACAACGGGUUACGCCCUGACGCCCAUCUCUCGUCGCUUGAUCAGAAAUGGAGAAGGUAACUUGGCGGCCUUGAUACUCUUAGAGAGUAGCCCAGUGAUUCUGGCCCCGUGGCAGACUCUCGCUACCCGUAUUCGCGAUGGCAGGUUGGCACCUUUCGAGGCGACCCAUGGGAAUGACAUUUGGGAAUGCACAGCACGAGACCCAGGUUUUUCCAAGCUCAUCAACGAUGCCAUGGCUUGCGACGCUAGGGUGGCGGUGCCUGCCAUUGUGGAGGGCUGUGCGAAGCUGUUCGAGGGGGUCGGCACGGUUGUAGAUGUGGGCGGAGGUAAUGGGACGACGCUGAGGAUGCUAGUGAAUUCCUUUCCAUGGCUUAGAGGCAUCAAUUUUGACCUCCCUUAUGUUGUGUCCACGGCGCUUCCAUGUGAUGGAGUUGAUCACAUAGGAGGAGACAUGUUCCACUCUGUUCCCCAAGCUGACGCUGCCUUUCUUAUGUGGAUCCUACAUGAUUGGGGAGAUGAGGAGUGCAUCCAAAUCCUGAAGAAAUGUAGAGAGGCGAUUGUCGAGGCCGACGGGAAGGUGAUUAUCGUCGAAGCCGUAAUCGAGGACAACAAAGACUAUAAGUACAAGAGUGUAGGAUUGAUGCUAGACAUGGCUAUGAUGACACAUACUAACAAUGGGAAGGAGAGGACCAAAGAGGAAUGGUCUCACCUUCUUGACAAGGCUGGGUUUAGGCGCUACACUUUCACAACCAUUCCUACUGUCCAAUCCAUCAUCCAGGCCUAUCCUUAAUCACUUAUAAGAAACCAGCAUUAAUCUCU